ACAAUAAAGAGGAAGAGACAAAACUAAAUAAUGCCGUUGAACAAGAAAACAUUAAUUUAAUUGUAGCCAAGAUUUUUAAAAAGAAUCUUGAGAUCCAAACUGAAAUUGAUACACAAAAUCAAUUAGCAGGUGCCUUACAAACUGUGAUCAAAAAAGCAAACCCUAUGUAUGUUCAACUACUUGAUAUUACUGAUCUUCACCAGACAGAAAAUCUGAAGAAACAUUCUGUUAAUGUUCUGAAAUAUUUAUGGAAUAGAGGCAAGUUGAAGAAAAUUGAAUUGGAAACUGGUGCACAAAUUGUCACUCCAAGGAUUGCAGCAGCAUCAUCAACAGAAACGAAUGCAAAAUCUCAGUCAACAACUCCAACAAAAUUAUGA